AUCAGAUGCAACCCCUUUAUCUCAUGAAGAUAUUCAAGACAUUAUUAAAGCCAGAAAUUCAAUGAAGCGGGCAUCGGAAGUCAUGGCUAGAAAAUAUAAAAUAUCAUCACGAAAGGUAUAUAGAAUCUGGCGAGAAGAGGAUUGUCUUCCUGAU